CCGUGUUAACGUGAAGAAGCAAGUACGAGUGUAGGUCGUAUAUAGACUAAUUUGUCAGAUGUGAAUAAAUUUACUGUUACAUAUUCUACGAGGCUGUCGCAUUCUGUUUCGUCUGUCUUUUCCGGGUAACGAUAUCCCGUGAGAUUUCUAAACAUCAAUUUUCUAGUUCAGACGAAAGACAUUUCGAUUUGCUAGUCGUUGUUAUCAACAGUCAGCUAAUGACCUGUCGCCGUCAUUCGCCGCUUGUUCCUUAGUUAAUAUGAGUUAUACUAUUUAGGUUCAUUGUGCGUGUCCAAAUUUUAGCGUUAUUACAGUUGAGAGGCAUAGCUUUUCAUGUUCGAGUUCGUGAUUUGAUGUUAAUAUUCCGCCUAGCUACCGUUACUACGCAAGCGAGUUAACUUAUAAAUAUAUAAAUGUGCUUUUUACUCUUAUUGUAGGUUUAAAUUGCCGAUAAUUGCUUUUGGCGAAUCCGUGAUACGUGUUUCUAUUUGUUGCUGGGAUAUUAACAACGAAUGUAAAAUUGCGAUUUCAAUGUGAUACGAAGACGAUUAAUCAAGAAACACAUGGGCGAUUGGAAUCUUUAAUUAUAUCAUUGUUUUCAAUGUUUAGGUGUUUUCUUUGCAUUCGGCUGUCAUCAUUUGCGAACAUGUUGUGAUUAAAUUCUUAUCGUGCUUAAGAUAGUAAUAUAAUUAUGAUUCUUAAUGAAAUGUCGUCGCCAUCGACCGGUGCUACGGCAAGUAUCAGUCGGAACAUGGAACAUAAUGGAGUUGCGUCACCUGUUACCAAGACAACAAAUCAUGACGUCGCAUUGAACAAUAUCGAGCGAAAAUCGACGCCAAUAAAUAGAAAUACGUUUGUGGUAAGAUUGAAACCAGCACCAGAGAAUGGAGACGGUAAUCAAAUUCCCAAAACGAAUUUGUUACAACUUUUCAAAAAUAGCGACGCAAACAAUGUUUCCGUUGUCAAGGCCUUGGGAAUAGGAAAGAUAGUCGUCAACAGAACUUUGAUUAAGAAUACGAAAAACAAGAUGGCAGUUCCAGUCAGAAGGGAUGUCAAGUCGGCAAAUAAUAACACUACAAGAAUAUCUGUGAAAAUACCUACCACAACAAUAAAAUUGACGACGUCCAAAUCACCUCUAUUUAUCCGUGGACGCCCACAGAAAAUCAUAAAGAAUGAAAAACAAGAGAUUGAUACAGAAAAGAAAGAUGAUGAUAUUGGAAAGAAUCUUGCAAAUUUUAUGAAUUUCAAACUCUCCAGCAUUGUUCCAUCUCCCAUAAAGCAGGAAUCAAAUCAUGAUGGGAGUUUUCAAUUUUCUCAUGAAAAUAAAAAAAUCAAUAACCCUUCAGAUGAUGAUCUUACAAGCUUAUCAUGGCUUAUCGAAAAUGAUAAAAGUUUGACAAAAACUAUUCGAAGUUGUAAUCCUGAUGAUGCUGGUAUUAGUUUGAGUGGUGACGAAUCAGGAGAAGACGAUGAUAUUGGAUAUGCCGAGAAUAAAGCUGUUUUCACAGCUAAAUCAAAAGUAGAUUGUAGUGGCCAGGGUGGAUUCGCGACGAGGCAGUAUGGACAACCUUACAGUCCAAAUGGAAAACCUCCAUAUUCGUUCAGUUGUCUUAUAUUUAUGGCCGUUGAAGAUUCACCUGAAAAAAAGCUUCCAGUUAAAGAUAUUUAUUCAUGGGUUUGCAAGCAUUUCCCAUAUUUUCGAACUGCACCUUCGGGUUGGAAGAAUUCAAUAAGACAUAAUUUAUCUUUGAAUAAAUGUUUCAAGAAAGCAGAACAGACAGAAACGAACAACAAUACACAUGAUGCAAUAAAAGGAUCUCUUUGGUGUAUAGAUCCAGCUUAUCGACCAAACUUGAUACAAGCUUUAAAGCGAACACCUUUCUAUCCAUAUCUGUAUCCAGGAGGAAUGUGUCAGCGUCAGCCGUUAUCAUUGAAUAACCUUGCCAGUUUACUUCCAGGAGUGAAGUCUGGACGAGUUCCUCUUUGGUCUCCAAGCAUGACUCCAUCGCAAACAUCUUGGGCAGAUCCAGACGUUGCAUCGGCAGCUCUCAACUUAAUGGGAUUAAAAGGGACAGAUACUAUUGAUCAACAAUCACCUAAUGUGAAGAGUACCAUUCAGGAACUGACGGCAGAAAUAUGCAGUAGGAGCAGAGAUAUAAUUGGAUCCAUACCAAUCGUAAUAACCGAUCCUGCUGAUGAUCAUACCUACACAACAAUAUCACUCGCAAGACAUCGUGAGGAAGAAACAGGUGAUAGAUGUACCUCACCAGACAGUGAUAAGUCCGCACCAGAUGCUGCAUACGAGUUCGAAACUUGUGGAACGGAUUUUGAAACAGAAGACGAGGAAUCUGGCUUGUAUGGCGAAGAGUGCGAUCUAGGUGACAGCGGAUUUGCAAGCUUACGUGGUGGAAAAAAAAGAAAAGUAAAUGAUACCUCAUCGACAAAAAACAAACGGAAACGAAAUUCAAAAUCAACGGAACAAGAAUCUAGAAGACAGUCUAGUAAAAGCAGGUCGAAACGAAGCUCCUCGAAGCAGGGUUUAAAAGUUCGUUUUCAAACAAAAAACAAAUCUAAUAAAUCUGGAAAUAGCAAGAAAAGCUCAAAAUUUGAUGAUACAAACAGCGAUGUUGACAGUGGAAAAGAUUCACCGAAAGUGGAAAUCAAAUCAAGGAGUAGAACAAGAAAACGUUCUCUUUCUAAAGAAAGCACAUCUGAAAAAAAGAAUAGUAAAAAAGUUGUUCGAACGAGGACUACACAUUCAUCACCUUAUGGAACAAGAUCGUCAACACAGACAAGACACAGUAAAAGAAUUGCUGCAUCAGAACAAGGAAAUGCGCUGGAGAAAGCAUCUGCUAGAAAGAGAAGACAAGAUAGUAUUUCCAUAAAUUGGGAAGAUGAAGAAGAAAUUAAACUAGCUGCAGGAUCUCUAUUGCAUUUAGCGGGAGUGAGAUCCCCACAAAGUUCGUGUUUAUCAAACACAUGAAGUUGGAGAACUAAUGAACGCAGAGAUCCAAGUAUAGGCUUAAGUCAUUGCAAUUCAGUGCUUCCGUCCUUCAUCCCAUCAAGACUCAUCUCUAGUCAGUAGAAUUUGUCUUAAGUAAUUUCUUUGUAGUGCUGCCAUCUUAUCACACAUAUAAAUCAUUUUGAACAAAUUUUUGUUGAAAAAUUGUACAAUUCAUCGAUUUUUAAACCAGUUAAAUAUCAAGCUGCUAUUUUCCUCUUACAUCAAUUAGUAGUAAAAUUCAAUCAUCAUUUAACAUCUUAUUAGUACCUAUGCAGGUUUAUCUAAAUCAGUCUUCCGUCAUGAUUUUUCUCUAUCAUUGAAAACCGUUGUAUAUUGUAGUCGAAUCAUAAAAAAGUGCAAGAAUGUUGUAUUGUAGAAUACUGCCAUUGCUAUUAAAGUAACAAUAUUGUUGCUUUUUAUUGUGUUAAUCAUGAAUCAAUAUUUUAGAGCUAACAUCUUGCCCAGGUUUUCAUUCAAUAGCUCUAAUAAUUAAUAAUGUAUUUUGGGAAUCAUCACUCGUUUGUUCAUGUUAUCAUCUUACAGGGACCGCAGUUUAGAUCUAUUUUAUUAUUUCAAUAUUUUAAAUAAUCAAGGGAUUCUUCGAUUAUGAAUUAAUUUAUAACAGGGGUAUCAAUCUUGUUUACGCCUUGGCAAGUUACAAAAGUAAAAUUUACUCCUUUAACCGUGCAGACUGUCUAUUCCAGUGUGUUGUAAGUGCACUAUGCUACACUGUCUCUCUACAGCAGGAGCAUGAUACAACACCCAACUGCGCAAUAGAUUACUUCGCAAUCUUCUAUGUGGUCGACAGCCACAUUUGGCCAUGUACUUACUUGCUGGGAAAAUUUAUGGUAACAGCUAGGUAGGAGAUGCUAUACAAUGAGGGUUUUCACUGCCAAUAAAAUAUUUUACCCUCAACAUUUAAGAGACAAACCGAUAAUUUUUGUACAAAAUUAGCCAGUAUGGAUAUUCCAACUAUUAGCUUAAGAUAAAAGAAAUAUUUUACUCACGAAACUUAUGCGAUAUUUUGAAACUCAAUUUUGUAUUCUGAAAAGUCUGCCGUAGAUGCAUAAAAAAUAUUAUUGGUAUAUAUUUAUGGAGUCUUAUUAUAUAUACUGCAUUGCAUAAUUUAUUCAUUAAGCUGUUAUUACAUUGUACAUAUCAUACACAAUCAUCCAUUCUCAUUUUUAUGUUCAUGUUGCUUCAAUGAAAAACUGGAUUUGUGAUUUUGCAUAGUUUUACGCUAUGCAACUAUUGAGAGAACGUGAUUUGUCAAUAAUGCAGUUCUGUUAUAAUUUUUAUUGAAUGUGUUUUUGUAUGGUCAAUUUUUGCUAAAAAAGCGAAUUAAGUUAUUAAGAACAAUUAUCUUUGUGGGCAUGAACAAGUAAUUAUUAUUUUUGUCAUCACUAAGCCAUCAGCUGUUUGUUUACCCAGGGUGAAAUAUAUUUUUUUUGUCUGCGGACAUAUACAGAUUGUUCCAGUCAUAAAAUUUAAAUCAUUUGUGCCUGAAUGCAGAAUAAUAUAUUUAACUCUGAUUUAUUCAAUGAACUAUGUGAGCUGUUGCUUUUAUUUUAUCAUUUGUCAGGGAUGAAUCCAAUCAUACAAGUCAUGCUUGAAAACCAAUUAAAAGCCAUCUUUUUAUUUUGCUUCUGUUGUAUUUUCUUUUUUCUUUUGAAGGUGUAAAGUAUAAUGACUGAACCAAG